AGGACGGCAGCAAGCAUGCCUCUUGGUAACAGAACGUCCUUAACCCCACAGAAGCUGUGGCUGGGAAGCUCGAAGCCAGGAAGUCUGACCCAGCCCCUGAAGUCAGACCUGACCUUGGAGCAGGCGUGGGCCAGCGCCCCCAGCACUACUCCCGACUAUGUGAGAGCAGCCUUAAGAGUGAAGAGGUCCAAUCUCAGGCGUUCUGCCAGCAAUGGUCACGUUCCCAGGACCCCUGUCUACAGAGAGAAGGAAGACAUGUACGACGAGAUCAUUGAGCUGAAGAAGUCCCUGCACGUGCAGAAAAGUGACGUGGACCUCAUGAGAACAAGGCUGCGGCGCCUGGAGGAGGAAAACAGCAGGAAGGACCGGCAGAUACAGCAGCUCUUGGACCCGUCCCGAGACCCGGAUUUUGUCCGGACUCUGGCAGAGAAAAGGCCCGAUGCUGGCUGGGUCGUUAACGGGCUAAAGCAGAGGAUUCUGAGGCUGGAGCAGCAGUGCAAGGAGAAGGACAACACGAUCAACAAACUGCAGACUGAUAUGAAGACCACUAACUUGGAGGAGAUGAGAAUCGCCAUGGAGACGUACUACGAGGAGAUUCAUCGUCUCCAGACUCUCUUGGCGAGCUCCGAGACCGCGGGAAAGAAGACUCCGGGGGAGAAGAGACUGGGCGUCAAGAGGCCGAAGAAAGUGAGCAGCGCCCUCCUGAGCUUGUCCCGGAGCGUCCAGGAGCUCACGGAGGAGAACCAAAGCCUGAAGGAAGACCUGGACCGUGUGCUGAGCAACUCCCCCACCGUCUCCACCACGAAGGGUUACACGGAGUGGAGUAAGCCCCGGCUGCUGAGACGGAUCACGGAGCUGGAAAAAAAAAUAAGUUCGAUGGAAAGCCCCACAUCACAGGCUUCAGAAGAGGUCAAGUCAAACGCCCCGGUGCAGUCUGCGUCCAGCUCCACCGUGCCCCGGCAGCCGAGAUGUGACCGGCACCAGGAGAGCGAGCGUCUCCGGGGGACGGUGCAGAGCCUGAGAGGCGAGCGGGACGCGCUGCAGAUGCAGCUUCAGGAGAAAGAUUUGGAAGUGAGACAGCUGCUACAGACAAACGCCACCUUGCAGAAGGAGCUGGAGGGCGUGAGGGAAGGGGAGGAGGAGAGAAGAGGAAGAGAGGAGGCUCUGAGAGAGGAAAUUCAAACACUUACCAAGAAGUUUCAAGAACUGGAAGAAAUUAAGAGAGAAGAAAAAGACGACCCCGUGGAAAUGACCCCGGAGACCCCGGAAGAACCCCGACCUUCCCUUCCCACCAGCAGGCCCUCUCAGCAGGACUCUGAGCCAGAUACAAGCGAGGAGGGCUUCUCCCGGCCCCCCUCCACCUGCUCCGAGGGGCGAAGAGACACGGCAGCCAGGAUCCUGCAGAGCCGGUGGAGGGUAUACAGACACCAGAAAAAAAAGGCCGUCCUGGACGAGGCGGCUGUGGUGCUUCAGGCAGCGUUCAGGGGACAUGUAGCGCGGGUGAAGCUGUUGUCAAGCGAGGCGUGCGCCCCAGAACCCCCCAGCCCGCCCAGACAGGACCCUCCGUCACCGCGUGUUCCAAGCCCCACCGUCCAGGCCCAGGGCAGCCCGGGACAGGAGGAGGCCAUCACCGCCAUCCAGUCCGUCCUGCGGGCGCACCUGGCACGGGUCAGGCGCAGAAGCGUGGGGUGUGUGGGCACAUGUGGGGGCUUGUCCACUGUGACCGCCUACCAGCAGGGAGGCUGCAUCGGGGAGAUUCUGGACCUUUGGAGGCAGCCCCAGGGUCAAGAGGACAGUGAGGCGAGCGGCGGGGAGACCACGGAGGGGCCGGCGGCCGAGGACGAGGCUCCGGUGAAUCCAGCAGCCCUGCAGCCCCGCUGCGGCCCCUCGGGGCGCAGGCUGUCUGCAGCGGGCGCCCCCUUCCAGCAGAGACGGGAUUCUGGAAGGCUGCUGUGCAUGAAGAGUGUGGGGGAGGGGCCACCGGGCACCGCGUGCCUGUCUCCCCAGGUGGACGUGCCACCAGGAAGCGGGCUCUUACACACGCAGCUGGCCACCAGCCUCGCCAGCGCUGGGUCGCAGCUCCCGCCCAGGCCACGGGCUCGGGGCGCCGCGGUGGGGGCGGCCCUCAGAGACCCCCAGUCGCGCUCCAGCUUGCUCGCUGUCGGCCAGCCUCACCUUUUGAGGGUGUUUGCCUUUUGGCAACGGCCUGGGUGUCCAGAGCUGAGCUCGGAGGCUGAGGUGGUUUGUGGCCAGGUGACGCUGACGCCGAAGGUCAUUCCCGCCCGGCAGGGAGCAGGCGCUGUGCCAAGUGUCCGGGGCACGCCCCGGCCCCGAGCAGCUGCGGUGACAACCCCGCUCCGGUUCCUUGCAGGGCCGUCCUCUCCCUCGGGACCGGGACCCGCAGACGACGGCAGCUCUGACGACUCCGACGAGAUCGUGGUGGCCCCGGCUGUGGCCCCGAGGAAGGCCGCCUCCCCACCCUAG